AUGUGCAUCUUGAAAGUCACUUGGAUUUGCAAGACAAUGGAAUACGUAUGCGUGAAGAAGAUGUUGGCAAUGAUGUAUGAUGGAAAGGUGUUUCAAGCAUAUGAUUAUGGCACUAAGGAAAAGAACUAUAACCAGGCUGAGGUUGAGCGAAGUAAGAAAAGUGUCAUCAAAGGUAUUAUGACUUCUCCUGUAUACAAGUUAGAAGAUAUAAAAAUACCCAUUGCACUCUGGUCUGGUGGAAAUGACUUACUUGUGAACAUAAAAGACGUCCACGAAUUAAUAGCACGGCUAAGUAAUGUCAUGCCAUUCAGGAACAACAUGUUCCUGAACGGGAUGAAGAUGAGGAGUUUCAUCAUCAUGGCUUGUUUAUGCCAUGGACUGCUCAGCUUGGAAGAACUGGGAACUUCAGAAAGACUUGACACUAAUUCCAACGCGAACCCUGAGUGUUUUAUGAAUAUCAGUGAAAUUAUCCAUUUUCAUAACUAUCCAAGUGAGGAAUAUCGUGUUGAAACAGAAGAUGGAUAUAUACUUACCAUUAACAGAAUACCAUAUGGAAGGUAUAAUGGCGAAAAUAAAGCUCCAAGACCUGCUGUGUUUUUGGCACAUAGCUGCCUUGGAGAUGGUUCCCACUGGAUUUCUAACCAGCCCCACAACAGUUUUGGUUUCAUAUUAGCAGAUAACGGUUAUGAUGUUUGGCUUGGAAAUAGCAGAGGAAACACCUGGUCUUCGAAUCAUAAGACACUGAAACCAUGGCAGGAGGAAUUCUGGAGCUUUAGUUUCCAUGAGAUGGGAUACUAUGACAUUCCAGCCGUCAUAAACUUUAUCCUGAACAAAACCAAACAGCCGCAGCUUUAUUAUGUGGGCCAUUCAGAAGGCACAACUGCUGGUUUUAUCUCAUUCUCUUCUUGGCCAAAACUGGCUGAAAAAAUCAAGGUCUUUUUUGGAAUGGGACCGGCAGCCGCAGUAAAAUAUACUACAUGUCCUGUACUGAACAUCUUUUUCAAUCGUCUGGUAAUAAAGACACUGUUUGGCUACAAAGGAAUUAUGCAAGAUCCUAGUGCUCUGAGAAAGCUAAAAGUUGCGAUUUGCAACCGUAAACCAGAAUUCUGCGAAUCGUGUAUGUCUGUAAUAGUUGGUUCUAAUACGCCCAAUUACAACAUGAGUCGCAUGGACAUGUAUGUAGCACAUUCUCCUGCUGGAACAUCUGAACAAAAUCUUCUUCACUGGAAACAGAACUAUAAUAAAAAGGUCUUUGAAGCAUAUGACUAUGGCACCAAGGAAAAGAACAUGGAGAAGUAUAACCAGAUGACUCCUCCUGUAUACAAGUUAGAAGAUAUAAAAAUACCCGUUGCACUCUGGUCUGGUGGAAAUGACUUACUUGUGAACAUAAAAGACGUCCAGGAAUUAAUAGCACGGCUUAGUAAUGUCAUACAUCACCAACAUGUUCCUGAAUGGCAACAUCUGGAUUUCAUUUGGGGACUGGAUGCAACGGAGGUUAUGUACAUGCCUAUCAUUGAGAUAAUGAAAAAAUAUCCCUGA